CUCUAAUCUUUUGAAUGGGGCGCCCCACAGCAGUUACAAGACCGAACCUGCCUGCAUGGCCUUUCCUUUUGCAUAUAAAACCGGCUGUCUUUGUAAUCCAAUCUCUGGCAAACACAUAUCGUUGAUUUGGAUAAUAAAUCUUUUUUUUUUUAAUUUCUCUUCUCUCUCACAAAGAUCGACACCAUUAGUUACCCAGAGAUUCUUGUGUUUAUUCUCUCAGUGCAGACCACAACCCUCUAAAAUAUCGCUUUGGCCAACUUGCUUAUCUCGUCUCCAUAUAGCUCUUCUAAACGUUUCUUGUUUUACAAAACAACAGGACGUUGUACUAUUUACUCUUAUCAAUAUGGUUUUGAAUGAGUGCUAAAUCACCCGAAGAGAUCUGCAUUCUGUAUAACAAUCAGACUUUGUUGCAAAACAAGCCAUAUGCCAGGGAGCAAGUGUAAUGUUGAUCCUGCCACACCCAAAAGUAGAACAGAAAGGCUAAUGAAGGAAAGAAAUUUACGGAAAUUAAACAGGGUGUUUAAUCUGAAUGAGAAAGCAGGAGAUAGUUUGAGAGAUGCAGAUCUCUUUUCUAAUGAUUCGGCAUUAACUGAAACUGAAAAUUGUGCUUCACUUAAUGAGGAAGAAUUGUCUGAAGGGAUCGAUGGAUAUGAAAGGCAAGAUCAGAGGCUUCCUAAACAACGUUUAUUGGUGGUUGCCAAUAGGUUGCCCGUCUCUGCAGUUAGGCAGGGCAAGGAUUCAUGGCAACUUGAGAUAAGUGUAGGUGGGCUGGUCAGUGCACUUUUGGGUCUGAAGGAGUUUGAUGCCAGGUGGAUUGGUUGGGCUGGUGUAAAUGUGCCUGAUGAAAUUGGACAAGAAGCACUAACUAAAGCUUUGGCUGAAAAGAAAUGCAUCCCAGUUUUCCUGGACGAAGACACUGUUCAUCAGUAUUAUAAUGGUUAUUGUAACAACAUAAUAUGGCCUCUUUUCCAUUAUCUUGGGCUACCCCAAGAAGAUCGCCUUUCAACCACCCGUAGUUUUCAAUCUCAAUUUGAUGCUUAUAAGAAGGCAAACCAAAUGUUUGCUGAUGUAGUGCACGAACAUUAUGAGGAGGGUGAUGUUGUUUGGUGCCAUGAUUACCACCUAAUGUUUCUUCCCAGAUGUCUGAAAGAGAAAAACAGCAACAUCAAAGUCGGUUGGUUUCUUCACACUCCUUUUCCCUCCUCUGAAAUACACAGGAUGCUGCCAUCUCGUAGAGACCUGUUGGAAUCUGUUCUUGCAGCCGAUUUAGUUGGUUUUCACACAUAUGAUUAUGCAAGACAUUUUGUCAGUGCUUGCACUCGUAUCCUUGGGCUUGAGGGUACACCUGAAGGAGUAGAGAAUCAGGGAAAGCUGACUCGUGUAGCAGCGUUUCCUAUUGGGAUAGAUUCCGAUCGAUUCAUUCGAGCUCUGGAGCUCCCUCAGGUCCAGGAUCACAUAAAAGAACUGAAAGAAAGAUUUGCUGGCAGAAAGGUAAUGUUAGGCGUUGAUCGUCUUGAUAUGAUAAAAGGAAUUCCCCAAAAGAUAUUGGCGUUUGAAGAGUUCCUUGAGGAAAAUCCAGAGUGGCGUGAUAAAGUAGUUUUGCUACAAAUUGCUGUGCCAACAAGAACAGAUGUUCCGGAAUAUCAAAAGCUUUCUAGCCAGGUCCAUGAGAUUGUUGGGCGCAUCAAUGGGAGAUUUGGGACUCUCACUGCGGUUCCAAUACAUCAUCUGGACCGGUCUCUUGACUUUCAUGCGUUAUGUGCGCUAUAUGCUGUUACUGAUGUGGCGCUUAUUACGUCUUUAAGAGAUGGAAUGAAUCUUGUAAGCUAUGAGUUUGUUGCCUGCCAAGCUUCCAAGAAAGGGGUGCUCAUUCUGAGUGAGUUUGCAGGUGCAGCUCAGUCUCUUGGCGCUGGAGCCCUCUUGGUGAAUCCAUGGAAUAUUGCAGAAGUUGCUGCUUCAAUUAGUCAGGCUUUGAAUAUGCCAGCUGAUGAAAGAGAAAAAAUGCAUCAGCAUAACUUCAUGCAUGUGACAACACACACAUCACAAGAGUGGGCUGCUACUUUUGUAAGUGAACUAAAUGAUACCAUUAUUGAAGCCCAACUAAGGACAAGACAAGUUCCCUUACUUCCUGUCAAAGUUGCAGUUGAACGAUAUUUGCAAUCCAAUAAUCGUUUGCUUAUGCUGGGUUUCAAUGCAACUUUAACUGAACCAGCAAACACUCAAGGAGUUAGAGGCGGUCAUAUUAGAGAGCUGCAAUCUAGAUUGCACCCGGAAAUAAAAGAAACCUUGAAAAAACUUUGUGAUGAUCGUAGAACAAACAUUGUUAUUCUCAGUGGAAGUGAUAGAGCUGUCCUGGAUGAUAAUUUUCGAGAAUACAAUUUGUGGUUGGCAGCAGAAAAUGGAAUGUUUUUACGCCAUAGUACAGGAGAAUGGAUGACAACAAUGCCAGAAAAUUUGAAUAUGGAUUGGGUUGACAGUGUUAAGCAUGUUUUCGAGUAUUUUACAGAAAGAACACCUGGAUCUCAUUUUGAGCUUCGUGAAACUUCACUUGUAUGGAAAUACAAGUAUGCAGAGAGUCAUUUUGGAAAGCUUCAAUCAAAGGAUAUGCUACAGCAUCUCUGGACUGGUCCUAUUUCAAACGCAGCUGUUGAUGUUGUCCAAGGUGAUCGAUCUGUUGAGGUUCGAUCUGUUGGUGUGACAAAGGGAGCAGCAAUUGAUCGUAUUUUAGGGGAAAUAGUUCGUAACAAGGGCAUGAAGUCACCGAUUGAUUAUGUCCUUUGUGCUGGGCACUUUCUAAGUAAGGAUGAAGAUGUCUAUACAUUUUUUGAGCCAGAGCUUCCUUGUGAAUCACUAGCCUUAGCACGAACCAGGUCACUAGAUCCUGCGAGGACAUCUAUUUCAAUGAUUCCAGACAGUACAAACCAAGUCAAGGCUCAUCAGUUAAGGAAGCAACGCUCAUUGUCAACUUUGGAAAGGAGCAAUUAUCGAAGUGCUGCUUGGCGGCCUAUAGUUCAUGAUAGAAUGUCAUUGCCAGAGGGCUCAUCUGUACUUGAUCUCAAGGCUGAGAAUUUCUUCUCUUGUACUGUUUCCCGGAAGCAAUCGGAGGCUCGAUAUCUCCUUCAGUCAUCAGAUGAUGUUGUCACACUCUUAAAAGAGCUGGCAGAGUCUAAAUCACCUAAUUGAUUCAAUUUUACUGGUUUUCUUGGGGCUGUUAUUCAGAGGCUUGAGAAACUAGAGAGUAUCCUGGCGAUUAUUGGUACUGGAGCUAGCAGAGGUUCCAUGAUCAAGUUGAUUCAAGCUAUCUUUUUUCCCUAAUUGGUUCAGUUGAGAAAUUUGAGAACCUGACAGAGGAUCUAGAGAUCAAGGAAUGAUGAUUUUUGGCAUCUGCAAGAUAUGCUUUUAUCUGCACAUAUUAUUAGUCUCUCCCAUGUCCCAACUACCUUCUUGUAGGCACUCCCUUACCAUACAAAUGCUGCCUGAGUAGUCCCUGGACAGUAAGAGUAAAAAGCGGUAUAAAGAAAAGGCAAGACAUUCCUUUUUGUUAGUUGAGUGACAUCAAAGGUAGCAACUAGAAGUUACAUGAUUUGAAGAAAUUUGGGGUGUUUUUUCCUUUCUAA